UGCACCUCACAAUGACACGCGUUCCACUUUGGUGCGCGAAGCUAUCCCCGUUUCACUGCGAUAUUGAACACUGAAGUGGAGCAAUUUUUCAAUAUAAAAACACGUGUUACUUUGGCCUCUAAUAGCGAAUACAUUAAGUGAGAUAAGUCAUAAAUAACUUGGUCAUUGUAUAUGACAUUGGGAAGUAUUUGCCCAUGACAGGUAUGUUUUAAAGAUAGUGGUAAGCUAUCUAGUUAGUCGAUCGGCAGGACCGCAGCGUUACCUAUGCCCGGGGAAGUUAUCUGGAAGGAUGAAAAUGUUCCGCCCUGGGUCACGCACAGCUCAGGGUAGCGGGCAUCACAAUGCCCCCGCAUUGGGUUCCUCCGUCUUGAGCCAGCACGGUCGGUCGUCUGGCCUCGCGUGCGAGUUCACGGUGGUGGCAGGAGACGGGGCAUCUCGACACGCGGCGCCUCCAGAGGAGGGCGAGGAGGUGCGGGCGGUGAUGGAGAGAAUGGCCCUGGUCAAACUCGCCCGCCAUGCGGAUAAAACGCAGCAGGAGCUGGAGAAGAUCAGGACUCGAGUGGAUCACACGAUGGAAGCCUUUGAAUUGGGGAACCGUGCUGUCAUGGAUUCUUUGAAAAGGGCAAAUAUGGAGUGUUUUGAGAAUUUGGAACAAUUAGAAUCAUUUCUGUCGAGCUCCGCGCAGAGGCGACAGCACCAGCAGGAUACGAUGUUGUUCAUCGUUGGCUAUCAGGAGAAGUGUGGCUGUCGCCAGCAGCUGCUGUCCCAGCUCAGCGAGUUCUUUGAUCACAGUUCAAUACUUACUGAUGGAGAUUCGUCGAAGGAUCUGGACGUGGAUAUAAGUCACAGCACGCAAAAGGUUCAAGAGGCUCUGGAGUCAACCAGGCAGGCAAUGGAGCACUUGGGGACACUGCACAGUGCCCUCAUUGCGCUCACCAGCCACAUGGGCAGUGCCAAGGAGAAAAAGAGGUGACUUUACCGAAAGAACCAAGAAGUUGGGAGGACUUGCCAACACGCAGCGGCAGGCCACCGGGCAAAACUAAACUUGAAAAAUCACUGAAGGAUGCAAAGG